AUGAUCAAAGCUUUUAGCUUUAAAUUUGGCAAGACAAGAGAGAACGAUAGUUCUGGAUUACUCCCACAAAGAGUUUUUGCAGAGGUUCAGGAAGUGACGCACCCGGCUUCUCCGCCCCCAUUCGGGCUGGGGGCGGGAGGGGGUGGGGUGGGGUCGGGCGCGGCUAGGGGCAAGCGCCCUGCUCUUCAGCGCGUGGGCAGCAUCGCUAAGAUGGCUGCCGCGGCGGUUCCCGGAGUGAACGGCUCCGGUGCAGCCAACGCUUCUGGGGGCUCCGGGGCGGUGCUUCAGACAGCCGCCCUCAUGUACGAGCAGCUCAAGGGCGAGUGGAACCGCAAGAGUCCCAAUCUGAGCAGGUGCGGAGAGGAGCUGGGCCGCCUCAAGUUGGUGUUGCUGGAUCUCAACUUCCUGCCCACCACCGGGACGAAGCUGACGAAGCAGCAGCUCAUCCUGGCCCGGGACAUCCUGGAGAUCGGGGCCCAGUGGAGCAUCCUGCGCAAGGACAUCCCGUCCUUCGAGCGCUACAUGGCCCAGCUCAAGUGCUACUACUUCGACUACAAGGAGCAGCUCCCCGAGUCCGCAUACAUGCACCAGCUCCUGGGCCUCAACCUGCUCUUCCUGCUCUCCCAAAACCGAGUGGCCGAGUUCCACACAGAGCUGGAACGGCUGCCCGCCAAGGACAUCCAGACCAACGUCUACAUCAAGCACCCCGUGUCCUUGGAGCAGUACCUGAUGGAAGGAAGCUACAACAAAGUGUUCCUGGCCAAAGGCAACAUCCCGGCCGAGAGCUACACCUUCUUCAUCGACAUUUUGCUGGACACCAUCAGGGAUGAGAUAGCGGGCUGCAUUGAGAAAGCCUAUGAAAAGAUCCUGUUUGCUGAAGCCACUCGUAUCCUUUUCUUCACCAACCCCAAGAAGAUGACUGAGUAUGCCAAGAAGAGAGGAUGGUGCUUGGGCCCAAACAAUUACUACAGUUUCAAGUGUCAGCAGCCAAAGCCGGAGGACACAACCAUCCCCUCCACUGAGCUGGCCAAGCAAGUCAUUGAAUACGCCAGGCAGCUGGAGAUGAUUGUCUAA